GGUUUAAGACUUCUCCCAUAUUAAUUCUCUCAUAACGAUAAUGAACUCCUUUUUCGUGCGAACUAGGAAUUUGCACAAAUUGCUUUUCGCUCAGUCUUCACAUAAUCCUACACACAGAGAAACCAGGCGGUGGAAUUACUGUGCAUACAUUUAAAAAUAUUUGAGGGCAAGGGAGUUUUCGCUGUAUUUUACAGUAAAGGAUAGCGGGGAUAUUCAGGUAUUUGAAAUUGUAGACAGCAGUCGCUAUGCAGCACGACGAGGUAAUAUGGCAGGUCAUUCGCCACAAUCAUUGCAGUUUUAUGGCCAAAACACAAACACAAAAUUUUUGCCGAAACGAGUACAAUGUUACUGGGCUUUGUAACAGGAGCUCAUGCCCACUUGCCAACAGCAGAUAUGCAACUAUUCGGGAACAUGAAGGGAUUCUCUAUUUGUACAUGAAGUCAAUUGAAAGAGCUCAUAUGCCAAACAAACUAUGGGAAAGGGUUAAACUUCCAAGAAAUUAUGAGAAAGCACUGGAAACAAUUGAUAAAUUUUUGCAAUAUUGGCCAAAAUUUCUUGUUCACAAGAACAAACAGCGGCUGACAAAGAUGACACAAUAUUUAAUACGUAGGAGGAAACUUGCCUUAAAAGUCAGGGAGAAAGUCCUGACUAUGCCUACCAAGCAGAGGAAGAGAGAAGCAAGGAGAGAAGCAAAAGCUGAAAUUGCAGCCGUUCUAGAUAGAGCCAUAGAGAAAGAACUAAUAGAAAGGUUACAAAGUGGCACUUAUGGUGACAUAUACAAUUUCCCUGUCAAAGAAUAUGAAAAGGUCCUAGAAAUGGAGGAAAUGCAGGCAGCUAGUGAGGAAGAAGACAAUGCAGAGGAGGAGCUGGAGCCUGAAGUAGAGUAUGUGGAAGACUAUGAAAUGGAAGAAGAUGACAUGGAAGACUUUGAUGUUGCUGGUGUUGAUGAUGAAGGUCCAUCAAUUUCAGAUGAAGAUGACAUGGAUCAAGAUGCCGAAGAUGUGAAUAUGGUUGGGGCUGUGAAGACAAAGAAGUCACGGACAGAGUCAGGGUCAGCUCAAAGGAAGAUUGACACAGAUAAUUUUAAGACAAAGUUGAAGAGGAAAACAAGACCUUAUGUGGAGGUUGAAUAUGAGGAUGCUGCUCAACAAGAAGUUGCAUACAGCUAAAUUGGCCUAAUAUCCAAUGACAAUUUUUGUUUAUCAACGCUGAUUUGGGAAUGGCGAAUUCUUAGAAGAUUAAAAACACAGUAAUCUUUUUUUCUUUGGUUCAAUUUAUUGGUUUUCUGCUUUGCCCUCUCUGUAGUUGUAAAUGAUUGGGAAGUCAGAAUCUCAUUUAAUGGGCUUGUACUUAUAAGUCUAUGUCGCCAUUCAACAAUAUUUACGACAUUAUGUUGCUGUACUAGCUCUAGUAUUGGUUCAUGCUGAGCUUUUUGCUUGUAUCCCGACUAGUCAUCUUUAUAGAAGAGUUAACUACAAUUAAUAAUUCAUUCGCAUGGACAAAGGAUCGUCAAUUUGAAAUUCUGUUCGUUUCACUCCAAUGAUGAUCGGUUUUGGUCACCAGAUACAUGUAGCUCUAUUAAAUGAAGGAUGGCAGCUUUACUUGACUAUAGAGUUCAAUAGCAGAAAAUUAAAAACAUGAGGUUAUACUUGGGAAUUGGUUUUCAUUAUGGAUAUUUGUUUUGAUUUUCUUAUCCAAGAUACUUAUGACGUGCAUAAAAUUAUAAUUUAA